GUCGCGCUCCUGGAUCGGCGAGGUCGGGGCGAUGACCGCUCUCGCGGCUUCCAGGGCCGCGGCGUCCACGGCGGCGUCCACGAGCGGACGGGGGACAGGCGCGACGCGACCUCGGGACCGGGCGGCGAUUUACUCCCCCUCCUCCUCCUCGACGUACUCGAUGUACUCGUCGUCCCGUCGCGCUCGCGCGGCGGUGAGCGCGAACGCGGGGAGGCGGUCCAAGCGCGGACCUUCCGAUUCCUACUCCGAGACGUGGGACGGCGAGAAGUACGACAUGGCGGAGAUGGGCAUGUGGGACGUGCCCAGCAUCGAGGGCCCUUCGUGCAUCCGCCUGCCCCCGAUCGAAGCGGCGACGGUCGAGGAGCUCGAGGCGCUGUACGCGCAGGCGAAGAACACGUACUUCAGCGGGCAGCCCGUCGUCGACGACGCCAUGUUCGACACCGUCGAGCGCAGGCUCCGGUACCUCGGCAGCGACGCCGCGGUCAAGUACCCGCGAUGCAGCCGACGGGACAUGCGCGUCUACUCGGACGCCUCGUUCGACGUCGAGCAGCUCGACUCGUUGGCGACAACCUGGCUCGCGCUCGUCGCCUUGGGAUGCGCGAUGGUGGUCUUGGACUUUGGCGACGCGAUGCGCGCGGGCGUCGGGGCCGUCGCCGGCGGGGACAUCGGCGGACCCCACGGAUCCUCGUUCCGGCCCCCCGUCAUCGGCCUCCUCGGCGUCUUCCUCGCGAACGGCGGUUGGGAACGCUUAGGACGGCUUCGCGACGGAAACACCGUCGCGGUCAAGGGCGAGUGCCCGAGCUGCGCGGAGGAGGUGUACGCGUUCCUGCCGGGCAACCGCGCGGUCGCGAGGGUGGAGUGCGAGUGCCACGUGUGCGAACGCAGGCUGGCGUUUCGCGUGGAGGUUGCGAAAUCGGAAAACGCCAAAUGGCGGAGGGUCGCCACGGGACGGAUCUACCUCGUGGGCGGCGGGGACGGCGGCGGCGGGGAGUACAGGGACGGCGUGGGCGGCCCGCCGCGGUGGCCGCCGGAGAGGAAGGGUAAGGAGGAGGGCGUCGAGAGGGAGCGAUGAGGCGCGCAGUCGCCUCGGCUUGCAUUUUUUUUAUUUUUUUAAGCCACGGUAGGAACGACUCGUC